AAAUUAUCUAUCCAGUGUGAUCAAACUCCAAAUUAUUUCUUUCACAUUUAUUUUCUCUCUUAACUUACACAAACUCAAACAUAAACAAAAUGUUCUUCAUUCAUUCUCUUCACCAUCCCCAAACUAUUUCUUCAUAUUCACACCCCCAAUCACCAAACAUUAUCACCCCAAACCAUUACCCUAACAGAAACGGUUACAUCAAGUUCCGAACUAACUACCGUGAAAAUCUCCGUUACCUAAAAUCGUUAACCAUAAUCAACCCCAACACCAAACCCAGCAAACUCCCACUCCCUGACGCCGUCAACCACAUCCUCACCAUCGUCACAUUCCUCAAAUCUCACUCCUUCUCCGACGCCGACAUCCCCCGUCUCGUCCACUACUCUCCGCAUCUCUUCACCACCGCAGUCUCUCCUACCGACAUCUCCCCUGUCUUCACUUUCCUCACCACCGACCUCCUAGCCACUGUUGAAGACUCUCGCGGCCUCAUCCUCCGUUGUCCUAACCUCCUCUUCAGCGACCCUAACCACUUCCUAAAACCGACUCUCCAAUUCCUCAAGGAAAUCGGAGUUAAUAACCUGAACAAACCAACGAACCGGAAUGCACAUUUGUUGAACACGCGCGUGGAGAAGCUCCGCGUGAGGGUGAGGUUUAUGGAGGAGGUGGUGGGGUUUACGGAGGAGGAAGCAAAGAGAUCGUGUGCAAGGUUGCCGGCCAUAUUGGGAUAUGAUUUGGAGAAUAACUUGUGGCCGAAGUUUGUGUAUUUGGUGAAAGAGAUGGAGAGGGAUUUGGAAGAGUUGAAGAAGUUUCCUCAGUAUUUUGGGUUUAGUUUGGAGAAGAGAAUUGUUCCAAGGCAUUUGCAUUUGAAGGAAAGAGGUGUUAGGAUUCCUUUGAAUAGAAUGUUGAUGUGGGGUGAUGAAAAAUUCUAUGCAAAGUGGAAGUGAAGUCAACUAAGCUACGUUUGAUAUCACUAUGUCAGAAUUACGGUGAUUUAUAGUAAUUUUGUUAAACUUUAGAGUGUAGUUUUUGAAAAAUUACGGCGCGGAGGAUCAUCAUGUUUCUGACAUAUCCGGUAUGAUAUUUGACAUAUCCGGUAUGAUAUUAAACAUAGACUGUGAUUGCAUGUAGUCAAAAUUGAAUGCACUAGUGGAGUGACAAUGUUAAUGAAAAAAAGUAGCAAAGGUUAACCAUCAUCACUCAAUUAUCUAGAAAAGUGGCAACUUAGAAUUUUGUACAAUGAUAGAUGUAAUUACAUAACCUUGAUGAUUAUUACUAUUAUAAAAUAUUGAUAAUUAGGCUUUUCAUUACUAA